UGCUACCCGACAAGGAAAUCAUGUGAGCCGGGAAAUAUGGCUACAUGAUCAAGGCAUUGAUAUAUUGUCUUUAUCCUCUCCUCGAGACUAUAACAACAUCUCGUCCACGCACUCUUGUCACAGGUUACUCAAAUUCCGAAAGUGGUGAUAUAAAUAGGUUAAAAUAGCACGCUAGUUGAAAGCUAAAUCAAGGAUGUUAGUAUAGUUAAGUGAAUGUUAUUUCGUAACCCGAGCUAUUCGCUAUCUAAAAUAAUCGUUGGCGUUGUAACAGUAUCCAACCAUUAGUUUAUAAAUCCUCAAGUGCACGUGUUGAUAAGUUUAGGUGUUGUGUAGCUGUUGUUUCACUUUGUGUCGAACGCGAAUAGAUGGAUGUUGCCAACAUCUGAGUGAUGCAGUUCUUCUACGAAUACAUCAAAACAUUUAAACUAGACAGACUUUAGAUCACCCGCAUCAAUUUGAUAAUGAACACAGAGAAGGACUUCUCGCCUUUGACACCCAACAUCGUUAGAGCUCUGAAUGACAAACUAUACGAAAAGAGGAAGGUUGCUGCACUCGAGAUAGAAAAGCUGGUGAGAGAGUUUGUGGCGCAGAAUAACUCUACUCAGAUCAGACAUGUUAUCCAGAUCCUGGCCUCAGAGUUUGCCCUGUCCCAGCACCCUCACAGCCGCAAGGGAGGGCUCAUUGGCCUGGCAGCCUGCUCAAUCGCCCUGGGCAAGGACUCGGGGCUGUACCUAAAGGAGCUGAUUGAGCCAGUGCUCACAUGUUUCAAUGACUCAGACAGCCGUCUGCGCUACUACGCCUGCGAGGCUCUCUACAACAUAGUGAAGGUGGCCAGAGGGGCUGUGCUGCCUCACUUCAACGUGCUCUUUGAUGGACUUAGCAAGUUGGCGGCGGACCCAGAUCCCAACGUGAAGAGUGGCUCGGAGCUCCUCGACAGACUCUUGAAGGACAUUGUGACAGAGAGUAACAAGUUUGACUUGGUGGCCUUCGUGCCUCUGUUGCGUGAGAGGAUCUACUCCAACAACCAGUACGCUCGCCAGUUCAUCAUCUCCUGGAUCCUGGUUCUGGAGUCUGUCCCAGACAUCAACCUGCUGGAUUACCUUCCUGAGAUCCUGGAUGGCCUUUUCCAGAUCCUCGGAGACAACGGCAAGGAGAUUCGAAGGACGUGUGAGGUGGUGUUGGGGGAGUUCCUGAAGGAGAUCAAGAAAACUCCCUCCAGCGUGAAGUUUGCAGAGAUGGCCAACAUCCUGGUCAUCCACUGCCAGGUGUCUGACGAGUCCAAACUAACCAAUGACCUGAUCCAGCUGACAGCUAUGACAUGGAUGAGGGAGUUCAUUCAGCUGGCAGGCAGGGUGGUUUUGCCCUACUCCUCUGGCAUCCUGACUGCUGUUCUCCCCUGCCUCUCCUACGACGACCGCAAGAAGAGCACCAAGGAAGCUGCCAGUGCCUGCAACCACAGUCUGAUGAAGCUGGUGACCCCAGAGGAUGAUGAAGAUGAAGAGGAUGGAGUAAGCACUCCUCCGAAACAGGACAGCCCACCCAAGACAGAGGCAGACGGCAACGAUGUAUUAAACGCGUCACAGGAGUCUGUUGGUUUUAGUAACAUCUGCUUCUUUACUCCUACAAGUGUGGAGCGCUCCCAGGUCAGUCUGGACCUGGAUGGUAUUGUCCAGGUGUUGGACAGACACCUGCAUGAUUCUUCUACUGGCAUGAUGACCCGUAUUUCUGUGCUAAAAUGGCUCUACCACCUGUACAUCAAGACACCACGCAAGAUGUUCCGGCAUACAGACAGCCUGUUUCCCAUGUUGCUGAAGACUCUCUCCGAUGAGUCUGAUGAGGUGAUUCUGAAAGAUCUGGAGGUUCUGGCAGAGAUUGCCUCUUCUCCUGCCGGCCAGACCGACGCGACAGGGUCAUGUGACAGCAAACUGGAGCUGCAGGUUCCAGGGGGGAGCAAGGCUGGGCAGCAGCCAACAGACUCUUCUCCCUCCACCCCCAGCAUGAACUCCUACUUCUACAAGUUCAUGAUCAACCUGCUGAAGCGCUUCAGUUUGGAGAGGAAGCUGCUGGAGAACAGAGGCGCCUUCAUCAUCAGGCAGCUGUGCCUUCUGCUGCACGCUGAGAACAUCUUCCAUUCCAUGGCUGACAUCUUGCUGAAGGAGGAGGACCUGAAGUUUGCCUCCACCAUGGUCCAGACCCUCAAUACCAUCCUGCUCACCUCAGCCGAGCUCUUCCAGCUACGCAACCAGCUCAAGGACCUGCGCACACAGGAGAGCUGUGCGUUGUUCUGCUGUCUGUACCGUUCCUGGUGUCACAACCCUGUUGCCACGGUUUCCCUCUGCUUCCUGACCCAGAACUAUAAACACGCUUACGAUCUUAUCCAGAAGUUUGGAGACCUAGAGGUGACUGUUGAUUUCCUCAUGGAGGUGGAUAAGCUGGUGCAGCUGAUAGAGAGCCCCAUUUUCACCUACCUUCGUCUGCAGCUGCUCGACGUGGAGAACAACCCCUACCUGAUCAAGGCUCUGUACGGCCUCCUGAUGCUCCUGCCCCAGAGCCAGGCCUUUCAGCUGCUCUCCCAUCGUCUGCGCUGCGUCCCCAACCCCGAACUCAUGAGGACCGUGGAUGAAUCAAAAUAUGUUGAAGCCAAGCCAGUAAUGUCCAAGCGUGCGGCUCAGGCCCACAUGGACUACAGAGAGCUGCUGCAACACUUUGACCGUGUCCAGAGCAAACACCUGGAGGUCCGACACCAGCGAUCGGGACGGGCAGAGCAAGGCGACAGGAAACUGCUAUGAUGUCAUCAACACCAACCCUGAGCCCCUGAGGCCGGGGUGUGAGUUACUCGGUUGAGCCACCCCCGCCCCCCCCCAUUCCAACGCAUGCAGAUCGGGACACAAACACAUACUCAAGUUAUAGAAACCAAACUGUAGGGCACUGGCUUGCAUAGGCAGGACAGGAGAGGGAAGCUCUAUUUUCUACAACAGAUUUCAGGCAUGCUCUACUCUCUUUGAAGGAUGUUCAAUUGUGUUUUUUUUUUUUUUUACAGUUACAGGCUGUUUUAAGUGCUUUGUGUUUGAGAUGUUGUUAAUGAGAUACUGAGUUGUUUAAAAGUGCGCACAUUAAGACACACACAACUGCUGCAAUUGCACAGCAUGCAAACCUGUAUGUUUAUCCUGGCACUCAGGCCUUGAAAUAGCCCUGUUUCUUCUUAAAUGUAGAUCAGAGAACCUUGACAUCUUCAACAAAGUUUUUGAACCAUAUUAGCUAAAGAUAAGGGGAGAUGCUGCCCCUAACAACGGCAAACUUGUGGUUACCCUCUCUGGCUUCAUAUUAAUGUAUCUUUAAAUUCCAUUGUGGUCUUCUAUCUGACAGUCCUCUCUCCCCUCCCUCCCUUAAUUUCAAGCCUCUUUCCAUAAUCUCCCCUUUUAUCUCACCCAUCCCUCACUAUCCCACCUUCCUGUAAGUGCAGUGCAAGGUAAAGCUUACAUAAUUGUUUGUCCUCUCCUUUUAAGGUAAAGAAGCUCUGAAAUUGCCCACUUGAAAACAUGCUCCUCAACACAGCUUGGGCCGGUCAGUAACCGGUGUCUUUCCAAGAACAGUAGGAGAGAAGGAGGUCUCUUUAGAUUGAAACACAGUCCAUUAAUUCAUUGUGCACCUGAGCAGCCAGUCAACUCCCUCAGUGGCUGCUGUGCAGCCAGCUUGUAUUCUCUCAUUUCUUCCCUCAUCUGCUUCCUGUAAUGCCUUGUGUAGAAAGACUAAGGAGUUAGGAGUAAUCUCAAAUAAAGUGGACCAUGUUGA